GAAGCACACACACUGUUGUAAUAUCAAGAAGUUAAUCUGAAGGAAGCAAGAUAACCAUGAAAAUAGCCGAAAAUAAACAGGAUAUCCUUUGGAUAGUGACUUUAUGCAAAAGAAAUAUUAAAACAGAAGACCCAUGCAGGGGAAAACCAACAUUCUCCAUGUAACUUCAAUAAGCAGUGUCAGCUCCACAUCUUCCACACUAAUGAACGUGUCCAGCAGAGAAACUCCCAACUCCGUUAGUCACUUUAUUCUUGUGGGCUUUCCCGCAAGCCCCAAAAUGCAGCUGCUCUACUUCGGGCUCUUCUCGGUAGCCUACACUCUCACCCUCAUGGGGAACGCAGCCAUCGCCUGUGCUGUGCGGUGGGACCGGCGCCUUCACACUCCCAUGUACAUCCUUUUGGGAAAUUUUUCUCUCCUGGAAAUAUGUUAUGUCACCACAACCGUUCCUAAAAUGUUGGCCAACUUCCUCUCCACAAGCAAGUCCAUCUCAUUCGUGAGUUGUUUUGCACAGUUCUACUUCUUCUUCUCCUUUGGGUGUGAUGAGGGCUUCUACCUUUGCAUCAUGGCCUUUGACAGAUGCCUUGCCAUCUGCCGCCCUCUGCAUUAUCCACGCAUCAUGACCAGACAGCUGUGCACCGGCCUGGUCAUCUUUGGAUGGUCAGGUGGGUUCAUUACCUUCGUAACUCCAGUGGUUCUCAUUUCACAGUUGCCCUACUGUGGCCCAAAUAUCAUCGACCAUUUCGUGUGUGACCCUGUUCCAUUAAUGAUGCUGUCCUGUUCUGAAGACACCACCACCCAGCUUGUUUACUCCGCUUUUAACAUUAUCUUCAUGAUUGGCACCUUUCUCUUCAUCCUCUGUUCCUACGCUCUGGUGAUGCUGGCUGUACUACGGAUGCCCUCAGAGGCUGGCAAACGAAAGGCUUUCUCCACUUGUGCUUCUCAUCUGACUGUGGUGUUCCUGUUUUACGGCUCUAUUAUGGUGAUGUAUGUGAGCCCCAGAUCAGGACACCCAGUGGAAGUGCAAAAAAUUGUGACCUUAUUUUAUACUGUGAUAACACCCCUCUGUAAUCCUCUAAUUUAUAGCCUGAGAAACAAGGAGAUGAAGGCUGCCUUGCAGAAAGUUUUGGGGACAGAAAGAGCUGUUCAUAAAACAUAAAUUAGAAUUCAUGGUGAACCAAGUUCCAUCACAACCUACUUUAAUAAGACAUGAGCAAGAAAAUUUUGUAGAGAAUUCAGUAAUUUUGGUUACAGAACUG